UUUUAAUCCAAAAAGUUUACAACUCAAUGUUAAUGCGACGAAGAAGAGCACAAAAACAAAUAUGGCCGCCUCCACAGACACCUCACACGCUGCAGCUUUAGAGCUCUGUGCUAUAUUUCGCGGUAGGACAGAAGAGUAAAGAUCUCACAGCUACAGUGUUUUUGAAACUGUAUUAAAGCGACCGUGUUCAGCGUGGCUGGGUUUAGCUCAUGAGAGCAGGAUGGCCACACCGGGGAAAGCCACGAAGAAGGAGAAAAAGAAACCGGUCCCGGUGAAAACGUCCCUCAACAACCCGUACGACUUAAAGUGGAAACCGUUAGAAAAGGGGCACGCGCGAUUCAUCCUGAAAACGGUGACGGAGAAAUUCGACUCGCUCGAACUCCGGAAACGACACGUGAAAGUGUUUCGCAAGUGGCGAAGCAAAAGAAAGGCUAAGAAAGGAAACUCGGAUUCAGUGAACACCAAUGAACCGACUCCGGAAUCGCGGGACUCCGCUGAACCGACUCCGGAAUCGCGGGACUCCGCUGAACCGACUCCGGAAUCAAGGGAGCGAGGCUGGACCGAUAAUCAUCUGAGGCACGAGCUCGCCAUCGGCAUCAACGAGGUGACUAAAGGCCUGGAGAAGAACGAGCUCGCGCUGGUGCUGGUGUGUGACUCGGUGAGACCCGCCCACAUGACCAGCCAUCUCAUCUCUCUGAGCCAAACCCGCUCGGUCCCCGCGUGCCAGGUCCCGGGACUGAGCGCGAGUCUCGCGAGAUCGCUUGGUCUCACCAGCGUGCUCGCGCUCGGGUUCAAACGCCAAAGCGGCGCGUUCGCGGAUACGAUCGCGGCCCUCGCGCCCAAAGUGCCGCCGCUGGGCGUGGCUUGGGUGCCUACAGGGACAGGGGAGUGUGAACCGGAAGUGGUUCAGGUGUCAGGAGAAACCGAGCAGCAGCUUGAAGAGGAGGAACCGGGGAGAGGGAGAAAAAGAAAACUGGAGGAGUCCCCUGAAGUUAAGAAGGACCCGGUCCCUUUACUGCAACCUCUUAAAGUAAAGAAAAUCAUCCCAAAUCCUUCAAAAAUCCGGAAACUAAAGAUAAAGAAAGCAAAGAAGUGACCAUUAGUUCAGGGAGUUUUUGAGGUCAACUAACCUGAACAUUUUUCAACUCCUGGACAGUUUUUGGCCUCUUGGGGCCCUUGGAAUAAUGCCAUCUUGUUCCUCUUACACAUUUUCAUCAUGCAUGAUGUCACAAUAUUUAAUUUUGCUUACAACAUGGCAAUGAAAUAGCAAAGCUAUCUUAUGAGAAAUUUGAUUUUGAGAACAGUGACAAUGUUAACAGAAAUGUGUGUACAAAAAUCCAAUUUAACAUCUAACGAAGUUAAGAAAAGAGGACAUAAGCACUGACACCUGCACAAUCCACAAUCCUCAACAGUGCAUCAUGCAUAUCAUUAUCAUUUACUGAAUGUAUUAAAACACUGAAGAACACGGUUAAAGAAAUUAUACAGCUUCUUCUGAGACUGAGUGAACGAGAGUUGAUACAGGUUCAGAUGACUUUAUUUUAUUCAAAUGUCCAUGCUGGUAUUCAUUGAUAUAUCUUUAACAAUCAGAUAUUUGGGUGGCCACCGUGUUUGACAUGGUGCUGGUACAAUUUAUCUUUUAAGUUCAUUUGAAGUUCACACAACCUGCAAUGGAGUUUAAUAAAAAUCUUCAGAGAAA